UCGUUCGGUAUGAUACAACCUAAUCUCCUUCGUCUUGCUAUGUAUGAGUAAACAAAUCUGUUCGGUUUUCUGGCAUUCGGACGAACUUCACGUUGUUCCUUAAACUCAGUUCGAACUUGUCCUACGUGAGAAUCAGAUCGUCGCGAUUUUAAAUUUUAUCAUCAGGAAUAGUUAGAUAUAUUUAUUUAUCGUUCCGUGGCAUCGUGUGUGUUUAAAUUAAAUUAUUGGACUAUUAAACAAUGAAUUAUUAUGUGCACGGUAGGAAUUUAAAAAGAUGUUUAAAUUCAUAUAGUUAAGUCACUUCUUCGCUUUAAAUCCUACUUAUAAUACUUAUGACCAGAAGUGUACGUUAGAUUGUUUCAUACACAAAUAAUGUUUAAUUUGAAAUUGUUUUCGUGGUUGAAGAAUUUAGAUGAAAAUUCACGGUUAAACAAGAUGCGAAGAAUUCUGUUACGUUUUGAAAACCCAGAAGCUCAAGGUAGCGAAAAUAUCGAGACGACACCGUUGCGUGGAAACACGGUUAGGUUCCCGCGUUUGCGUCUCCUGGACCAAAACUUCGAACCGGAGGAUACCCCGAAAAAUCCAGUCUCUACUUGCCAGUUAACCACAAAGUCUACCUCGCAAAUCAUCAAACCGUACACUGUACCCGAAUAUCCGAAGCAAUUCUAUCCGGGGGAUAGAUUCAUACCAUCGCGACGUAAUUUUAACACAGAUGCUGCGAGAUAUAUUCUUCUAAAGAAAAAGCCGGACCAUUUAAAGGAAUCUCACCUCGAUGUGUUUAAACAAGUAAAGUCUCUACCGACCGCAUGGCAAAAGAAAUUUAUGCACCAGUUAAUGGUGGAGGGAAACGUUAUACCAGGAUUGAGACAGAAACAAGUGCUGCGCGGUAGCCACUUAUCCUCGGAAAACAAGUCGCCUGGAAACUUUGCAGAGCAGUCUAAAGACCUGUGGGACGAGAAAUGCUUCGAAGAUGGAAUGUGGAAAUCGAAGCCACGAAAGAGGCCUUUAAUAGGCACUAUGGAGUCCAUAUUAGAUAUACCUGGAUUCCAGACGUCGUCACAGUAUCGUUAUCAUCUGAUCGAUUGGAGUUCGAGAAACGUAUUUGUGGCGAAGAUUGAAGGUACACUGAUGUGUUACGACAGCCGGGUAUCUCAAACAGUAGAGAGAUUGCAGAACUUGAAUGCUACUAAUGUGUGCUUAGUGAAAUGGAGUGGAGCAGGCGACAAAUUGGUUAUAUGUACAACGUCUUCGAAGAUCAAAGUAUACUCGGUGGAAAAGCAGAAAAUAAUAUGGACGCAAAAGUGCGCGAGCGUAGCCAUGUUCGAUACACCCUGUGUGAUACGAUGUGCCUGUUGGUCAAAAGACGACCAACUAAUUGUUACGGGUUGCAAAGGAUUGAUCUCGGUUUAUUCGGCGAAAAAUGGCGAAUAUAUCGAUUCGGUACGGGGACACACGCAGACUUUGCUCUCACUUGCAUUUUCCAAGGACUACCGAUACCUGGCCUCAUCCGCGCUGGACAUGGAUGUUCAAAUUUUUCUCUGGCCAGAUCUGACUCCAUUUUUGAGUAUUUGCUACUACGAACCUGUUAAAGCAUUGGCUUGGCACCCGCACGAUGGUAGCUGUUUAUGCAUAGGCGGUGGCUUAGGCAACGGGUCCCUGUUACUCUGGAACGUGAACAAGGUUGAUGCCGUGAGUUAUCGUCUCGUUAAGUUUCACGGUGCCGUGGAGAACUUGGCUUGGAACAAACGUAGCGCAGAGCUGGUCGUUCAUUGGUCGUAUCGACGAAGACGGAAUCGUUAUACUGUGAUGCCGGUUUUCGCGAACCUCGAUCACAUUGUCGAUGUCUUGCCAGUUGAUAAGAAGAUACGAGUCAACAGUAUCCUCUGGAAUUUCGAUCACACUCAAUUAGCUGUUCAAUGCGAUGACUCGUUAAUGAUAUAUAAUUUCUUCGGUAACGAGUACCAGUACCAGAUGAAACUUAAGAAGCAACAUAAAUUUCGAGAGAUACCAAACAAAUCAACUGUUACAAACUUCAAAGAAUUCAAUUACUUUAACAUUCGGUAGAACUGGCAGUAAUUAGCAAUAAUUAAUUUUAACAUUUUGUUUGAAAA